GCCAAAUAUUCAAUAUGGCAGACAUACAGUGCAAACAGAUAGGACCACAUUGUCCUGCUGAUGGCUCUCCCCUUGGCUAUGCGCCUAACGUGGCAGCAAGUGUUAUCUUCGUGAUAAUUUUCAACCUCUCAUCCAUCUGCCAUCUUGUUCAGGGAUGGAAGUACAAGACUUGGUCCUUUAUGAUUGCCAUGCUGCUAGGAUCGAGUUCAGAAGUGGUUGGAUACAUUGGAAGAAUCCUCAUGCACAAUAACCCGUACCGACUGAGCACAAUGCUGGUCUAUGGCGAAGGAAUCCCGCGCGUCAAACCAGUUUGGUACACACGCUUCUUCAUCAACUGCGACAUAAUCUCGCUCACACUGCAAGGGGCAGGCGGCGGCGUGGCAUCCUCAGCAACGAAGCACAGCACCAUGGAACUCGGAAACCACCUCAUGCUCGUCGGUCUGAUCUUCCAAAUCGUAUCCCUCAUCUUCUUUGCCCUCGCUUGCAUCGACUUUGCCCUCCGCGUGCGAAAAUAUCAAAGCUGGAAGAACCCCGCGUAUAAGAAACUACGAGCUAGUAUGCGAUUUAGGGGAUUCUUGUGGGCUCUGGUUGUGUCGUUCAUGACGAUCUUUACGAGAUGCGUGUACAGAGUUGUGGAACUGGGUGGUGGGUGGAAUAAUCGGUUGAUGAGGGAGGAGACUCCUUUUAUCAUUCUCGAGUCUUGUAUGAUCACUAUAGCUGUCUUUGCACUCAUUAUCUUCCAUCCUGGUUUUGGCUUCCAGAACAAGUUUAAUAAUCUUGAGUAUGAAAGCGUGUCUACAAUUGAACAGGUAGGAGCUAGCAAGGAGGGUACUUCGUUGAUGACUGUGGAGCAGUAUCAACGCUCUACUUGAGGCACUGUCGAUGAAUUGAGCCUCCAGGAUGGGUGGGACUUCGGGGUAGUUUUGGGGGAGACUGUGGGAUUGCUUGAAAUCCAGUAGAUAUAUGUGUCGUUUUUGAGUGUUUUAUAGGAUGAUUUAGAACGCCCCAUAUGUUGAGGGUAUUCGAAGAUCGCGACAUAAAGUGACGGGAUUACAGGGCAUAUGUGCUUCAAGUCCACUAUUAAACCAAUUUUUAC